AUGCCCUCGGCACUUCGUUGGUGGGCUCUGCCCUCACCGAACGCGGCAUCCCGACACUGCGCGGCCCACGUUUGGCCCAACGACAGGAACGGAGGCGCACGCCCGGAGCCCUGCAGGAAAGACCCUGCGCGAGGCGGGCCGGAGGGGGGCUGGAGCUGCGGCCCAGAGGACAGCACGAGUGGCCGGGGGUGCAGCAGAAGCUGCAGGCGGGGGGGCAGAAGGAGCUGCAGGCGGGGGGGCAGCAGGAGCGGCAGGCGGGGGGGCAGCAGGAGCUGCAGGCGGGGGGGCAGCAGGAGCUGCAGGCGGGGGGGCAGCAGGAGCUGCAGGCGGGGGGGGCAGCAGGAGCUGCAGGCGGGGGGACAGCAGGAGCUGCAGGUGGGGGGGCAGCAGGAGCCGGCCGGAGGGCGGCAGGCGCAUGAGGCGAUGGAGGUGGAGCAGGGGGCCGGGGAGCAGCAGGAGUUGCGUGCUGGGGGGCAGCAGAAGCUGCAGGCGGGGGGACGGCAGGAGCUGCAGUCGGGGGGACAGCAGGAGCUGCAAGAGGAGGGCCAGCAGGAGCUGCAAGCGGGAGGGCAGCAGGAGCUGCAGGCGGGGGGGCAGCAAGAGCUGCAUGAGCUGGAGGUGGAGAUGGAGGAGCCACAAGAGGAGGCGCGAGGGGAGCUGCCGGUAGGCGUGCAGGAGGGGAGUCAAAUCGGGAAUCAACCCCAGUCGCAGGAAGGGCGGCGGCAAGGGUGUCAUGAGGCGAACCAGCCCUUGACUGGAAGCGUACAACAGGGGUUGCUGAUGGGGGAGUCGCAGGAGUUGCAGGUGCAGGAUCAGCAGGGGGUCACUAGCCCGGGCGGCACGGGCCAAGCGGAAAGGCCGCGGGCGCGGCGCCGAAGGGGGCGACGACAGGGAGGGCAGAGGGCUGGGGGCCAGCCAGGGGUGACCGGAGCAUCCGAGGGAGUGAUACAGCCAGGAGGGCAGCCGGGGGUGACCGGAGCACCCCUGGGAGCGCUACAGCCAGGGGGGCAGCCAGGGGUGACAGGAGCACCCCACGGAGCGCUACAGCCAGGGGGGCAGCUGGGGGCGAUUGGAGCACCCCAGAGAGAGCAGCAGCCAGGGGGGCAGCCGGGGGUGACCGGAGCACCCCGGGGAGUGCUACAGCCAGGGGGGCAGCCGGGGGUGACCAGAGCACCCCUGGGAGUGCUACAGCCAGGGGGGCAGCCGGGGGUGACCGGAGCACCCCUGGGAGUGCUACAGCCAGGGGGGCAGCCGGGGGUGACAGGAGUACCCCACGGAGCGCUACAGCCAGGGGAGCAGCUGGGGGCGAUUGGAGCACGCCAGAGAGAGCAGCAGCCAAGGGGGCAGCCGGGGGUGACCGGAGCACCCCGGGGAGUGCUACAGCCAGGGGGGCAGCCGGGGGUGACCGGAGCACCCCAGGGAGCGCUACAGCCAGGGGAGCAGCUGGGGGUGACCGGAGCACCCCUGGGAGUGCUACAGCCAGGGGGGCAGCCGGGGGGGACCGGAGCACCCCAGGGAGCGCUACAGCUAGGGGAGCAGCUGGGGGUGACCGGAGCACCCCUGGGAGUGCUACAGCCAGGGGGGCAGCCGGGGGUGACCGGAGCACCGCAGGGAGCGCUACAGCCAGGGGAGCAGCUGGGGGUGACCGGAGCACCCUUGGGAGUGCUACAGCCAGGGGGGCAGCCGGGGGUGACCGGAGCACCGCAGGGAGCGCUACAGCCAGGGGAGCAGCUGGGGGUGACCGGAGCACCCCUGGGAGUGCUACAGCCAGGGGGGCAGCCGGGGGUGACAGGAGCACCCCAGGGAGCGCUACAGCUAGGGGAGCAGCUGGGGGUGACCGGAGCACCCCUGGGAGUGCUACAGCCAGGGGGGCAGCCGGGGGUGACAGGAGCACAUCAGGGAGCGCCUUGGCCAGGGGAGCAGCUGGGGGCGAUUGGAGCACCCCAGAGAGAGCAGCAGCCAGAGGGGCAGCCGGGGGUGACCGGAGCACCCCCGGGAGCUCUACAGCCAGGGGGGCAGCCGGGGGUGUCCGGAGCACCCCAGGGAGCGCUACAGCUAGGGGAGCAGCUGGGGGUGACCGGAGCACCCCAGGGAGUGCUACAGUCAGGGGGGCAGCCGGGGGUGACCGGAGCACCGCAGGGAGCGCUACAGCCAGGGGAGCAGCUGGGGGUGACCGGAGCACCCCUGGGAGUGCUACAGCCAGGGGGGCAGCCGGGGGUGACCGGAGCACCGCAGGGAGCGCUACAGCCAGGGGAGCAGCUGGGGGUGACCGGAGCACCCUUGGGAGUGCUACAGCCAGGGGGGCAGCCGGGGGUGACCGGAGCACCGCAGGGAGCGCUACAGCCAGGGGAGCAGCUGGGGGUGACCGGAGCACCCCUGGGAGUGCUACAGCCAGGGGGGCAGCCGGGGGUGACAGGAGCACCCCAGGGAGCGCUACAGCUAGGGGAGCAGCUGGGGGUGACCGGAGCACCCCUGGGAGUGCUACAGCCAGGGGGGCAGCCGGGGGUGACAGGAGCACAUCAGGGAGCGCCUUGGCCAGGGCAGCAGCUGGGGGCGAUUGGAGCACCCCAGAGAGAGCAGCAGCCAGAGGGGCAGCCGGGGGUGACCGGAGCACCCCUGGGAGCUCUACAGCCAGGGGGGCAGCCGGGGGUGUCCGGAGCACCCCAGGGAGCGCUACAGCUAGGGGAGCAGCUGGGGGUGACCGGAGCACCCCUGGGAGUGCUACAGUCAGGGGGGCAGCCGGGGGUGACCGGAGCACCGCAGGGAGCGCUACAGCCAGGGGAGCAGCUGGGGGUGACCGGAGCACCCUUGGGAGUGCUACAGCCAGGGGGGCAGCCGGGGGUGACCGGAGCACCGCAGGGAGCGCUACAGCCAGGGGAGCAGCUGGGGGUGACCGGAGCACCCCUGGGAGUGCUACAGCCAGGGGGGCAGCCGGGGGUGACAGGAGCACACCAGGGAGCACUACAGCCAAGGGAGCAGCUGGGGGCGAUUGGAGCACCCCAGAGAGAGCAGCAGCCAGGGGGGCAGCCGGGGGUGACUGGAGCACCCCUGGGAGUGCAACAGCCAGGGGGGCAGCCGGGGGUGACCGGAGCACCCCUGGGAGUGCUACAGCCAGGGUGGCAGCCGGGGGCGACCGGAGCACCCCAGGGAGCGCUACAGCUAGGGGAGCAGCUGGGGGUGACAGGAGCACCCCUGGGAAUGCUACAGCCAGGGGGGCAGCCGGGGGUGACCGGAGCACCCCGGGGAGUGCUACAGCCAGGGGGGCAGCCGGGGGUGACAGGAGCACAUCAGGGAGCGCUACAGCCAGGGGAGCAGCUGGGGGCGAUUGGAGCACCCCAGAGAGAGCAGCAGCCAGGGGGGCAGCCGGGGGUGACCGGAGCACCCCUGGGAGUGCUUCAGCCAGGGGGGCGGCCGGGGGUGACCGGAGCACCCCGGGGAGUGCUACGGCCAGGGGGGCAGCCGGGGGUGACUGGAGCACCCCUGGGAGUGCUACAGCCAGGGGGCCAGCCGGGGGUGACCGGAGCACCCCUGGGAGUGCUACAGCCAGGGGGGCAGCCGGGGGUGAUCGGAGCACCCCUGGGAGUGCUACAGCCAUGGGGGCAGCCGGGGGUGACAGGAGCACACCAGGGAGCGCUACAGCCAAGGGAGCAGCUGGGGGCGAUCGGAGCACCCCAGAGAGAGCAGCAGCCAGGGGGGCAGCCGGGGGUGACUGGAGCACCCCUGGGAGUGCAACAGCCAGGGGGGCAGCCGGGGGUGACCGGAGCACCCCUGGGAGUGCUACAGCCAGAGGGGCGGCCGGGGGUGACCGGAGCACCCCAGGGAGCGCUACAGCUAGGGGAGCAGCUGGGGGUGACAGGAGCACCCCUGGGAAUGCUACAGCCAGGGGGGCAGUCGGGGGUGAUCGGAGCACCCCAGAGAACACAGCAGCCUGGGGGGCAGCCGGGAGUGACCGGAGCACCCCAGAGAACACAGCAGCCUGGGGGGCGGCCGGGAGUGACCGGAGCACCCGAGGGAGAGCAGCAGCCAGGGGGGCAGCCGGGGGUGACCAAAGCACCCCACGGAGUGCUACAGCCAGGGGGGCAGCCGGGGGUGACCGGAGCACCCCAGGGAGUGUUACAGCCAGGGGGGCAGCCGGGGGUGACCGGAGCACCCCUGGGAGUGCUACAGCGAGGGGAGCAGCUGGGGGUGACCGGAGCACCCCUGGGAGUGCUACAGGCAGGGGGGCAGCCGGGGGUGACCGGAGCACCCCAAGGAGUGCUACAGCCAGGGGGGCAGCCGGGGGUGACCGGAGCACCCCUGGGAGUGCUACAGCCAGGGGGGCAGUCGGGGGUGACAGGAGCACCCCAGGGAGCGCUACAGCCAGGGGAGCAGCUGGGGGCGAUUGGAGCACCCCAGAGAGAGCAGCAGCCAGGGGGGCAGCCGGGGGUGACCGGAGCACCCCUGGGAGUGCUACAGACAGGGGGGCAGCCGGGGAUAGAGCAGCAGCCAGGGGGGCAGUCAUUGGACGACCGGGAGCAGCAGUUAGAGGAGUGGUGCCGACUUUUGGAGUUUGAUACCCCCAUGGCGACUGCGGAGGAGUCAGAGGCGGACGAAGAACCUCCCAUGCAGCCUUCCCCAUGCCCUCGUUUUCCGUGUGACACGUGUUUUCACACGUUCGCUACGCGAGGGGCUGCUGCGAACCACAUGAGGGUAUGCCGGGCGGCUGAGGCGGAGAGGCGCGCGCAGGCACUUGGCUCGACCCCGUCAGUGGUGGAUACCGACACGCAGGAGCGACCGACGCCGCGGGAAUUUGGGGACGAGGCGUGGGCCGGGGUUACGUCUUGGGAAUGGGAAGCAUUUUUCAGUGUGGAGGCGGUUGGAGGGAGGACAGUGCGCCGGAUCCCACAGCGGGCUCGGUCGGGGGUCUUAGACGCGCUCUGUUGCGUCUUAAAGCGUUUGAAGAGCCGGCCGGGGGAUGAAGCCGCUACCCUCCUACUCUUGGCUUUUCCGCGCCUCAUCCUAGCCGUGCCUCCCAAGCCAGGCAUAGGACAGAAGGCGCUGAUCAUAGAGCGGUUGGGGGCGUUUUGGGAGGGGAGGUGGCGGGAGCUGUUCGACUCCGCCAUGGUGGCGGCGCGGCCAGCAAUACGCCCACUUGCCUACACUUGCUCUGACCAGGACCCGGAUGCCAUCCGCCUGUCACGGUGCCGAUCUCGGUGUAAAGUGGGAGAGUGGAGCCGCGGAUUGGCUUGCCUUACAGCAGGGGAGUUGGCCCGGCCGUCUGAGGCCAUGGUGCAGUCGCUGCGAGAGAAGCACCCUGCUAGCACUAGCGAGGUACCACAGUGGGUCCGUGAUUUCACCGUCGAUGCUCCUCAGCGGCCUCCACUCACGGCCGACAUCCUAGCCAGAACUAUCCAUACAGCCGCUCGCGCUUCAGCAGCAAGGCCAUCGGGGUGGGUCACGGAGCAUCUGCGCGACACCUUCCUCACUGAACCUUCCUGCCUUUCCCACCUGUUGGAGGUGUUCAACCAAUGGGUGGCGGGACAGGUCCCCGAGCGGGCUCGGCCCUGGCUCGCCGCAUCCAACCUAGUUGGGCAUUCCAAGCCUAACGGCGACGUCCGGCCGGUCGCGAUUGGGGAAGUGCUUCCGCGUAUCCUUGCUCGAGCUCUCUGCAUCUCGCUCCGCCCUACGAUGGCUUCCUACUUUCUGCCGUGCAACCAGCUGGGAGCGGGCACUAGGGCCGGGGUAGAGAUUCUUACCCAUUCUUUCCGGUCAGCGUUGGCUACUCACCCCGACUGGUGUGCGCUGCAGAUAGAUGUCGCGAACGCCUUCAAUUCGUUUCACCGUCAUGCGAUGUUUGAGGGGCUGCGGGAGUCGCCUUUCUCAGGGUUGAUCCCAUUCUUACGUGUUUUCUACGGGACACCUAGCGAUUUGUACCUCCGAGCGGGCCCUUUUGUACAGAGCCUUGAGUCGGCACGAGGAUCGCGGCAGGGGGACCCGCUCGGCCCUUUUCUUUUCGCGUUCACGCAGCAGCAGGUGAUGGAGUCGGUGACUAGAGAGUUCAGGGACCUACUUUUCCUGAGCUACGCAGACGAUACCUAUAUCCUGGGACCGGCGGCUAGGAUUCUAGAGGCGUUUGGGGUGCUGCGGGAGCGGUUGGAAUGGGUGGGGCUGGAGGUGCAGGCGCACAAGUGCCGGUUUUGGGAGCGCGAGGGCGGGGAUGUGGAGCUGGCACUGCCAUUGGGGAUGCAGCGGGUGGAGGAGGGUCUCACUGUGGUGGGCGUGCCUAUUGGGGAGGAGGGUUGGGAGGUGACCCGGUUACGGGAGCGGCUUAGACAGUUGCAGGCGCCAUUGCCAUGGCUCCCCCUGCUCGACCACCCCCAGAUGGCUUCACAUCUCCUCGCCAUUGCAGUUUCAGCACGGCCGAUGUACCUGGCCCGGACUAUGCCGCCGCGUCCGGAGGUGGUGGAGGCCUUCAGGGAUUGGGAUAGCUGUCUGGAGGAUUGCUUUGAGCAGCUUUUCCCACUUGGGAGCAUGACCCCGACCGCAGCCUCUUUGAGUCCGCUGUCCUAUGUUUGUGGGUGGGCGCAGGCCGCGCAUGAUAUUGCACAGUUGGGGGUGGCGGGCGAGGAGGCGAUGUUUGCGGAGUACCUCACCACUUCGGCAGGGGCGGAGUUUCUUGACCCGUGGUUUGCCAAGGCUCUUGAGCAGCUGCCUGCGACUAUACGCCAGGAGAUGCCGGGCUUACCUCUGUGCGUAGCGGCCCCUCCUCUUCGGCUUUUCCAGGCGCGGCAGCGGUUGUUGGCGGUAGAGGAGCUCCAGACACUGCGUCGCUCGGCUCGUGACGAUGCCACCCUGGCCCGUUUCACAUCCCUUCAGGGCCCGGGGGCUGGUGCAUGGGUUUCGGCGGUUCCGGCUCACUCAGAUCUCACAUUCACUGCGGCGGAGUGGGGCAUUGCUGCUGCUAUACGGCUCGGGCUCCCAAUUCAGCAGCUGCAGGUGGCGGGGAGGUGUGUUUGUGGCACAGCAUAUGUUGACCCAGCAGACCGGCAUCAUGCCCUGAGAUGCAAGCACCAGCAUGGUCCAUCUCGGGUACAUGAUGAGGUGAAGUUUGCGGUGGCGAAGAUCUCUAAGGCGUCUGGGGGGGUGGUGGCAAUGGAGGAUAGUGUGGUGCUGCAGGGGAAGCGGGUUGAUGUGGCGGUGCGACGACCAAUGGCUGGAGAGGCUCACGCCCUGGAGAUCAGCGUCGCGGACCCGCUAUCGCUGUCUCCAUCUUUGCUAGGACAGUGCGGGCGUCAAAUAGGCGUGGCGGCAAGAGAAUGGGAGCGUCGUAAAACGAGCGAUUACGCGCCUCUGCUUGCACGCAACCGGGGCGUGCAGUUCACUCCUCUGAUAGUGGAGACGUGGGGGUGUCUCGGCGGUCGCUUUCGGAGGUGGCUUCGUCAGCAGGGAGAUGCGCACGUGGGGCUAGCUGUGUCGCGGGGGGCUUGUCGGGAGGACGACACUGUGUUUUCGGCUUAUCUUCUAGGGUCAUUGAAGGCGCUCAUCGGGGUGGCGUUGCAACGUGCGCAAGCCCGUGUCAUCCUGCUUCGAGCGGCGUCUUCUAUGGGGGGGAUUAACGUUGACUUGGUGGACCGGGAGUGGGACGAUGGCGAUGCGGAAGGCGGGGCUCUCUGGGUGGAGGCCCCGUACAUGGUGGAUUCGCUGUUGUGA